AUGAUCAUGCCUGAAGCCAAUGGCUUUGGGAAAAAAUUUACUCAACUACAAUUAUACGUUCAAGACAUGCUUCAUGGCCCAACCCCAACACCUAUAAACGUUGCCAUGGCCAAUUCCACGCCCUCUUCACCGACGUUUUUUGGGCUUGUUGCCGUUCUGGAUGACCCAGUGAGAACUGGGCUCAGUUUGGAUGCCGAGAUCGUGGGCCGGGCCCAAGGGAUGAUUGUCUUCGCCUCCAUAGCAGAGACAAACAUCCACCUGACAUUCGACCUCGUUUUUACAGGUGGAGAGUAUAAUGAGGUUACACUAGGAGCGUCGUUCAGUCAAGUUCUAUCCGAGGAGGACUACGUCUCAUCCCAGAAAACACAGUCACAGAGGGCGAGACAUCAACCCCCUGCUAACAUUGGUGGAGGUAGAAGACGUCGUGACCACGAACGACAACAACGCCCGUUCGAAGUUGAGCACGUCUGCGUGGCGGGGAACACGUGGCAGGUAGUUCAAGAUGACUGGACUGGUCUUUUGUUCAAAGGAGACAAAAGCAGAGCAAAUGAUAAGAGAUCAUUGUUGGCAUUACAAUUGCAACUGGUUCACAGUUCAAGAAGCGCAAACCGUUUUAUGACACGUGGCCUGCAAGAACUCAAGGCAAACGAGACCAACAACAUGAAUGUUGAUGUGGGCAAGAAAUUGACGAACAUGUACAAGAAGUUUGACCCGAAUCAAUCUAGCAAGAGAAAGGUACGGAGCGGGUCGGACCCUAUCCACAACAGGAGCUGA